AUGACUAAAUCAGCAAUACCCGUUUCAAAAGAUAUUUGUGCACAUGUUAUUGACAGUAUCAAUGCUAAAUAUGACUCUUUUGAAUCAUGUAAAAAAGGGAAAAUAUGUACAAAUGAUAAACGAUGUUGUGGGCCUUUGCUAAAUAAUAGAAAUAAAAAUAAUUCUAAUAUAAUUGUCUACAGGAAUAGUUCAUCUUCAUCUGAAUCAAAAACUUCUACAAUAUCAUUAAGAGAAGAAACAAAUAAUAAUAAAGAUUUUUAUGUUUCUGAUAAUGGAUCAAAAAAUACUAUGAUAAUGUCGACUUCUUCACAAAGAUCUCCUUUAUCGUUGAGAAGGAAUCUUCAAAGUCCUUUACCACGCCCAAGCCAUUCUCUCACAUACUAUGGGAGUAAAAUGGAUGGAUAUAAUAAUCAAAAUAAUGGAUUAUCUCACAUAUCACAGUCACGUACAGUAGUUCCAUUAGUAAGUUCAGGUUUACCAAAUGAUUAUUAUGAUCAAUAUGGCUAUGCUAUAAGCUCAGUUAAUAGAUCUCCAAAUCUAUCAGGAGUAGAUAGGCGUCAUAUUUAUCAUAAUCAACCUAAAAAACCUGGUUCUUUCCCUUUACAUUUACCAAUAACACCGACAUAUAAUAUUGAAACUGGGAAUUAUAACAAUAGUAAACAAUAUAGAAAUAAAGAUAGAAGUUCUAUUUAUCAUGAUUUAAAUAAUUCUGUUUACACUAAUGAAUCACCAAAAAUGGUAAAAAAAUCUAAUCCAUUGUUUUCAAAACCUCCGCCAAAUUAUAUUAAUUCUAAUGAAACACCAACAAUGAUACGGUCUCCAAAAAUUAAUCAAAAAUCAACAUCUUAUGAUAUACCAUAUUAUCCUCAGUAUGAGGAAUUUAUCUCAGAAAGAGAUAAAAAAAUAGAUAUUGAUAAAAAAUUGGACUCUUCAUAUUUAGUUACACGUAAUAAUAAUAAUGCUAUGAGUAUUAUAAACAAUUACCAAAGCCAAGAGAGAGGGCGGUUACCAAAAAAUAUUGAUAAUAAAAUUAUAUUAAAUAAAAAUCAUGAUAAAGCUCAGGAGCCAUUAACUAUAAAUAAUACUAGUAUUAUAACUAGCUCACCAGAUAAUAAACAUAAUUCUAAAGGAAAUGAUAUGAAAGUGAGAAAAAAGGCAAAAGUUCCAAAAUUUAUUAGUACAUUUUGUUGCUGUUUAAGACCACCAAAUAAUUUAAGAUCCCAUGAAUACUGUGCCAAAAAAAAUAAUGGUCUAAAUAGUAAUAUUAAUACUGAAAACUUUAAAAAUAAUAAAAGUAACGGGUAUUCAUCAAACAAUAAUAUAAUUACAAAUAUUAAAAAUAAUGAUAAUAUUAUAAAAAUUGAAAAUGGCAAAAUAUCUACAGUUGGAAAUUCUGGUGAUUCUUUAAGUAAUAUAAUUACUCAAGUAUCAAAAGAUGGAAUGUCACAGGGAAUAUCACAUAGAGAAGAAAAAAAUGAAAUAAUUAAAAAUAUACAAAUAAAUAAUGAAGAUGUAUUAUUAUCACCUAUAUUACCUAAAGAUGUAGGUAAAAAAUGUCUAGUUAUUGAUCUUGAUGAAACUUUAGUACAUUCAUCAUUUUUGCCAGUUCAAAAUGCUGAUUUUAUUAUUCCAGUUGAAAUUGAAGGUGUUCAACAUAAAGUUUAUGUCUUGAAACGACCAUAUGUUGAUGAAUUUUUAGAUGCAGUAGGUAAAAAAUACGAAUGUAUUUUGUUUACAGCUAGUCUUGCUAAAUAUGCUGACCCCGUAUCCGAUUUGUUGGAUCCAAAAGGAAAUUUGCGAUCUCGUCUUUUUCGUGAGUCUUGUGUUCUUUAUAAUGGAAAUUAUGUCAAAGAUCUCUCAAAACUUGGACGACCAUUAGAUCAAAUUAUUAUAAUUGAUAAUUCUCCUGCUUCUUAUGCUUUUCAUCCAGAGAAUGCUAUUGCUGUAAAAUCAUGGUUUGAUGACAAAGAAGAUAAAGUGUUAUUGGAUUGUUUAACAUUUCUAGACAAAAUGGCUGAUGCACCAACUGUUUAUUCAUUUAGGGAUAGGGAUUCAUCAAGUAUUGAAAAUAAUUAUAAUAACUUUGGAAUAAAAUCUAAAGAAGUUAUUGCUUCAUUUGAUGGAUAA